AUGCCAAAACAAGGAUGUUUUUUAAAAAGAAAGUGAAGUAUUUUACUUUUAAAGAAAUGCAUUUGCGUUUUUAAAAAGAAGGUGUAUUCUUAAACAGAAAGUGCAAUUUUUUUAAAAAGUGUAUUUUUAAAAAAAGACUAUAAAAAAGCAAUUCCGUUAGCCAUAUAUAUUAUGGAACAUUAUUUUAUAGCAAGUCGAAAUAAACACAAAAAAAGCGGACUUGUUGGAUCUUGCGUUCUCCGCACGAAGUAAUGCGAUAGUGGAACGCUGGGUUAGGAUUCGGUAAAAACGGGAGUACUCCUUUCACCAGAUAAAUAAAUAUGGUGGAAAACAGGGUAGUUUUAGAAAAAAAGCAAAGAUCUAAAAACCAAAUGGGUAAUCACAGCAGCUCCAGCUGGCAUCAAGAAAUACAGAAAUACCCUCACAAUGAAAAACUGGUUGAGUUGUACAUCUCAUUAUGCGACUAUGGGAUACUUAACAAAGACCUAUUUCAAAAACAUUUUUCUUUACCUAAUACUCCGUUAGCAUCAAACUUGUUUGAAAGAUAUUUUAUAGAUUUACUUAACUCUUGUGCACAGACACGAUUAAUGUUUGUUGAAAGAUCGCAUGCUAUUUUGCAGAAUGCUGAUAACAAUUCCAUUGAAAACCUGCAAUUCUACUUUGACUUGAUUAUUGAUGAGAAACGAGAUCUUGAUCAUCACGAUUUAAAAUUGAUAGUUUUAAAUUGUAUACAAGUUGGAAUAACUCAAGCCGAUAGUAUGGCUAAUACUAAUAUGGACUCUUUAAUAAAUGAUUAUUUGGUUGAUGGAAUAGCAAGUGGCUGUUUAAAUGGUGCUUCUACAGUUUCUCGUAAUGAUGUUAUUUCUUGGUUGAACUCUAACUGUAAGAAUAUAUUUUCUGGUUUUCAAACCUGGCUUCAGCACAAAUUUACGGGUUUGUCACAGAAAGGGAAAUUUGAAAUGCUUUCACUACCCCAAGAGUGUUUAACAAUCAAUUCGCUACUUACAUCUGCUGUUCUGUGGUAUUUGUGUUCUGUUUUACCUUCGUGUUUUACCAGUCUUCAUAAUAAGUUUAAUGCUGAUGACAUUGAUGCUGAAAGUAACCUUGAUUAUACCUGGCACAUUCUGUUUGAUAGCAAUCAACAUGGAUUAAGUUUGAAUCGAUUCAAACAUAAGAUAAUGGACUACAAAAGCCCCACAAUUACAUUUAUCCAGUUUAGCACAGGCCUUACUAUUGUUCUAGGUUUGGACCAGCGUUGGACUGACUCUCCAGAAAAGUUCGGUGGGCCUUAUUGUUAUCUUAUUGAACUGUUUCCAUGUGUCAAUAUUGUGGAAACAAAUUCUAACAUGGUUUAUUUAAAGGAAAUGGGUCGGUCUAUUCCAACAGGCCUUAUUAUUGGCAGUGGUAAUAGACCAAAAGUAAAAAUAAGUAUAGAUUUGUCAACUGCUGAAAUCAUUUACAAAGGCUUGUUAAAUGAGACUGUUGAAAGAGUUGAAGUGUGGGGCUGUGGCGGUGAGGCAGCAAUAAAGCAUCAAGCUGAUAUGAAAAAGUGGGAACAAAAAGAAAUUGAAAAACGAAAAAAAGUGAAAUUGCCAGGUCAAUGGGAUACUGAUAAAGUAAUUUUAGAAAUGGCAGGAGUGCAAGUUAAUCAUAGCCAACGUUAAUUCAGAGCAAAUGGUUUACAGAGAAAAUAAUUACAUCAGAAUAUUUUACCACUUACAUAAUUUUUUUUUCUUUUAUGUUUGUUAGUACUUUCCCUUCUAAAAAAGGACCUUUAAAAGUCAUGAACAGAGUCCAUUUUGCUGGAAGAUUAAUUUUAAAUGCCUAAAAGUGCUUGCUUAGUUAUACAACUUUUAUGGUUUUAUUCAGCUUAAUAUGUUUUUAUUUAAAAUAAUUUUUUUCAGGUAGCUCAGGAUAAUGCAAAAUUAUAUUUAUAACGUUUCACUUUAGGAUUAAUCUUUGAUAUAUUUAUUAUUACAAAGCAUAUUUUUUUAUUUUCAAAUGCAUGUAUUAGGUAAGUAUAAAUUAUAUUUAAUUAAAAACAAUUUUAAAAGUAUAUACUGUUUGGAAUUCCUCCAUCCCAUAUACAUGGUUUGAAUAGAAAUAUAAAGUCAGACCAUGAAGAGGAAAACCCUUGUUAAUGGUUAUUUCGUUGCAGAAAAUGUUAAAGAAAUAGGUGAAACAAAAUUAUGGAUAAAGAA